UACAGUACUCUGGGAACAUUAGGUCAUAUCCCAUCACGCUUUUCCUUUGGGAUAGUGCAACUUACAUAAAUAUUGUUCUCACAGUGAGCCGUACUGGGUAGCAGGAAAUGGGGCCUUUUCUUCAGGGUCCCUUAUGAGCAUAAAUGGGUACGUAAUGUAACUACUGUUUACAAAAGGAGCAUGGAGCCACUUGGUAAUUAGAAAAAGAUUGAUGUGCAUUUCAUUUAAAAUAUAUAUUGAAAUGCUGAAACUGAGGGAACUUAAAGUUGCCACAUAAUAGGAUAAUGUUUUUACUCCCAUUGGUUUAAGGAAUAAAUCUAUUCAGCAGCUGCUUUAUUCACGACUGCUUAUCCUUUGCACUUUCAAAAAGUUCACCAACUUUUUUUGUGUCGCUGUCUCUCAGAUUGAAUUUGUGUAGACUUAAACGUUGAAAAAUAAACCACUCAUCAAACUAAAUAUGAGGGUUAUAUAACUGCAGUUAGCGAUAAUAGUUUUAUAUAACGAUAGCUACGUUGAUGUAAAAUGCAGGGUAGUUACCUACAGUGAAGCUUUCUCUUAACACAUUGACAUAUGAAAUAGUCCUCUGGAAAAAAUAAUAAUGUGCAAUCUUCGCACCAGACAUUUCUUUGCAAGCAUAGGCUAAGGAUUGUUUACGCAGCUGGGAAGAACUGAACCUUCCUUUUCCUUUCUUGCUCAUCCCACCAGCUGUCCUUUCUCUCCAGUUAUACCCAGGUCUCUUCCCUUUCAAAAAAUGGGGGACCUGUGGGAUGGGAGGUAUUUGGAGGAGGUGUGAAUUCAUUGUAUUUAUACUGAUCUGUGACUCCACAGACACGUAGCUGUUUCCAAACAACUAUUGGAACUGCUACAUCAGCUCCCUCAUGCUCUGAAUGCAGCGGUGAGCAUGACUUAAGAAUUGUAUUGGGUUCCCUGUAGGCAGUGAACUCCAUUAUAGCCGUUUCCCUGUUCUGUCAUUCAGCAGUGAGUAAUCCCUUAGUAAAUUGCCUUGCAAGGCGGUGGAGCAGAUGCAAGUCUGGCUCCAUGCUGACUUUGGGAACCAACUCACUUGCCCCCUCACCUCAGAGCCUUUUCUCCCUGGAACAAAUUCUCCCAUAAGCCCACCUAAGGACACCAAUAUUAACCACAUUUGGAGCUCACCAGGAUUUCCCUUGAUGUGGUAUCUGAAACCCACUUCGUUUUAAGAUCCUGGUGUAAGGAUCAUCUAACUGUAUAAAAGAGCUUAUAUCCCAAGGAUUUCAUAUGUAACUCAGGAACCUGUAGAAAAACUGCUCCACAAUUGCAGAAUUGUCUUUGGUGAACAUCUGCAAAGGACAUGGAAUAGCGGAAGCUGCCUUAUACAGAGUGAGACCAGCGUCUCUCUGGGGUUACAUGCUAUUCCUUAUUUCAGCAGCCUUUGGAACAGGGGGUUAGGUCAGCAUGGGAAGAAUAUCAACACACCACAGCAUGGUAAAGCUUGUGUUUUAAUCUUCUGUUUUAUCUUGUGAACUGCCCUUGAGAUCUUGUGAUGAAGGGUGAUAUAAAGAAAUAAAGAAAUAAAAAAGUGACCAAUACAUUUCCAGCAACACUCACUAAGUCAGCAUUGGUCAUCUGCUACAUAGGGAAAUUGUACUUGGCUAACCCCCAACCUCAACCAGUUGACCACAGGAGGGGGUUACCCCUGCCAGUAUUUGCAUUUCAGGAAAUGGUUUCACUUACUUAAGUUAGUAGUUUAGUUUAGUUUAGUUUAGUUUAGUUUAGUUUAGGCAUAAAUAACACUGACAUGAAUAUAUUUCUAGAGAGUGAGUUUCCUUGCUUUGUUUAGAAACAGGGAUUACCUUAGCAUGGUAAUAGCACCAAUAAUUCCUACAAAGUGUUUUGUAGGAAAUUUUGAUGCAACCAUUAAUAAACCCAGGAGAAAAAUUCAAUUAGAAUAGCAUUUCAAAAGUUACAUUUUAUUGGACCAGUCCCUUAAGUUUUCAGUGCAGUAGUUUGUCCAUGAAGUUCACGGAAAUGAUUCAUACACAUGCUAUUCAAAAAAUAUUUUGUUUAUUUUUCCAAUGAAUAGAGAUUUUUUUCUUUUAGUUUACUAAUGUUGUUGUGAGCUAAUAUUCUCUUUGCGAGUGUUUGUUGGAGAUUAUUAGUGCUUUUAUCAUGCUGGGGUAAUCCCUGUUCCUAAUCAAGGUUAAAAAAUUUACAUUACUUGCAUUUAGUCCAUAAUAAGUGUUGACAUGUGUUUUAAUGUAUUAUAACCAUAUUAACUAAUAUGGGUUAAUUAAUCCAAAAGAAAAAAAAAAUCUAUGUAGACAAGCUCUUGGGAACAGUGUAAUAUUUAAGUGCAGGUUAUUAAAAUUCACUCCAUGAAAGAAGCUAGUGAGGCAGAAUUUUCCCCAGAUACUGUUCUGAGAAUGCAGGCUAAUUUUAGGUCAAUAAAAUCUCCUUAAUGUUCAUUAUUUCCAGUAUUUGCAUAGAAUUGUUUUUGCUGUUUUAAAAAAACAAAAUUAACUGGCUAUGCCAAUCAAGUACAUAGUGCUGACAUCUUUGUACUCUAUUUUUUAACCAGCUUGGUAAUUAUUUUAUUCUCAUUAAAAUGGUUGAAAUAACAGUGAUGACUUUAACUUCCCACCAAUUUGAAAAGUGGGAUGUUACUAACCUUGUCAAAUUCAUAGUGUAUGACUUGACACGCUCAUUGCUCCAACCAACAAAUCUGCCUAGAAUUCCCUGCAGAGUAUAGAGAUAAUGUGAAUAAUGUUAAGCACAUUCCCGUAGACUGUCGCAGUAGAUGUGAAUAAUCAAGUGUGAGGGUCCUCCCUGCUAAUCCUAAUUAUUUUUUUCUUUUUUAAAAAAUAUUAAGGUUCUCCAACCAGAGAUGUAGGCCCUUCAUUAGGCCUGAAGAAAUCCAGUUCAUUAGAAAGUUUGCAGACAGCAGUCGCUGAGGUAACUUUGAAUGGUGACAUUCCCUUCCACCGUCCACGGCCGCGGAUAAUCAGAGGGCGAGGGUGCAAUGAGAGCUUCAGAGCUGCAAUUGACAAAUCGUAUGAUAAACCUGUUGCAGAUGAGGAUGAUGAAGGCAUGGAAACCUGUAAGUAAACUCUUCCAUGUACACUGCUUUUAAAAAUUGCCUUUUAAAGAUGUUUUCACUACUGAUGGUUCUUUCAGUUAAUUCCCCCCUCUUCACCCUGCCUGCCCCUUUGAUCACACCAUGUCUUUUGUUAAGGUAGCUUCCUGUUAAGUUCUCUUUACUCCACCAAGAUUUUUGUUCACCACCUUAAAGCUCCCACCUGCUCUGACUCUGUCUUCUUUGUGCAAAAUUUCCACAGUUCACUUAAAAGCGGUGUAGCCACAAAGUUAAUUCACAUUGGAAGCCUUCAAGUGAGUUCCUGUUCACAGUGUAUAAUAGAUAAUUCAGCCAACAUCCUUCCUCCUCUAGCCAACACCUACUCAUCUCAAGAUUUCUUGCUUUCAUUUCUCUUUCUCUCCCAACCGUGUCCCCAUGUGCUUGAAAAAGCCUUUCUCUCUGUCUCUGUUUUCUUCUGCCUGACUCACACUGACUCAGAGCCAGUGUGGUGUAGUGGUUAAGAGCGGUAGACUCGUAAUCUGGGGAACCGGGUUUGCGUCUCCGCUCCUCCACAUGCAGCUGCUGGGUGACCUUGGGCUAGUCACACUUCUUUGAAGUCUCUCAGCCCCACUCACCUCACAGAGUGUUUGUUGUGGGGGAGGAAGGGAAAGGAGAAUGUUAGCCGCUUUGAGACUCCUUCGGGUAGUGAUAAAGCGGGAUAUCAAAUCCAAACUCUUCUUCUUCUUCUUCCUUCCAAAUUCUUCCACCCUUUGUAAAGCCUAUGUUCAGCAACAACUUCGACCUUCUUUUACUUGGUCCACUCUGAUGUCUUGGUCUCUCUCCCCAACCCCCAUCCCUGCUGCUCCAUAUCCUGGCUUUUAUGUCAUGUGCAAUCUCUCUCGGAUAGAGCACCAUCUCUUCUGUGUUCCGUAUGGUCUGUAGCACAUUCUUGACACACUCCCAUUACCUUUGCCUCAAUUGAAAUGGUCGCUUCUGUCCGUUUGGAUCCAUGUAAAUACCAUAUAAUGAAAGAAGAGCAUCGCCCAAAGGGCCAGGCGGGGUAUAUGGAGGAACAAUAUGAGUGGAAACGUUUACAUAAGGACUGCAGCAUUUGCAGGAGCAUCUCUGUCUACCUUUGGGUAAAGAGAACAUUAAUGCUUGACAGUGUUAGCGUAAUAAUGACAUCUCUGCAGGCUUGCAUCACACUCUAACAUGCUAUGGAUUUUGUGAUUUGGUUUGUUUGUUUGCAAGCUCUAAAAUACUCAUUUUUCAAAAUUUUAAUGUACUUGGACCUCAGUAGAAAAAUGUGUGUUUAUGUAGCCAAUAUUAUACCCUCCAACAUUCCUCAGAUGAAAAUAGAGACAUUUCCCACUCCCCACAACUGACCCUCCUCAGCCCCCCAUUUUUUAUCUCCCAUCCGCAAAGCAUUUCUACCACUAAAAGGGCAAGAGCACCACCACUUCACCAAUGGGACCCAGCACACAUUCCCUCCUCUGUCCUGAAAAAAGUCUUAAUCCUGAUUUUAUUUUAUUUUAUUCUUUGGUAGAUUUACAAAAAGAAACACACACAGCAAUGAAUGAAUUUUAAAAAGUGGCGAGAUUAGAUGCAGACACCCAAAGCAUUUUUUAAAUAAAAAAAACCAAGAUUCCUUGUGUACCGUCUUAACAGCAAGACAAUGAGUUAAAAGGGAAGGGGCAAACACUUUGGUUCUAAAGUUUAAUGAGAGAGAGAGAGAGAGAGAGAGGAAAUAAGUUGCAUUUAGGUUGAAAAAUUUCAGCAUUGGAAGUUCAUCCAUAAAGUGAAGAAAAAUUACGGCUGUUCUUUAAUUAGAAUAUGUAAGGUUGGCAGAUCUAAUAAAGCAUAAAGUUAAUGAUCAGCUAUUACCCACCCUAAUGGGCGUUCAUUUACAUUUUCAGUUCUUUAACCCUAAGAGUGACCCAACAUGAGAAGAAUGUCAUUAACAUAAAAGAAUCUCUUCAAACAUAACCUGUAUAAUUAUUGAAUGGUGCAGCAAUGGGCUAGUAAAAUGACAGUCCGUGCUCAAAAAAAGAGUGAAUAGCAAAUGAACUUAAUUAUUAAAUUUUUAACCUUAAUGUUGUAGUAUUUUGAAUGUAUCCCAGCAGGUCCCCCCCACCUAUCUAGUUACUUUACCUUUAAACAUUAAAAUUUUAUGAAUGGAAAAGAGCUGGGGAAGCUGAGGUAAUUAAUUACUUGGCUUGUCGACUGACACAAGGAGUUGGAAAAAUGAAUCUGCAAUCUCAGCUUUUUAUGAAUGUGUUUACAUUUUAAGAAACGCCUGUCAUAAUGAGCAAAUUUGCUCCUACAAGUUCACUGUUCUAUUUUAUAUUAGUUUUUCUUUUUUAAAAAGCCUGCUUCUAAAAAUAUCACAUAAUUGAAUGUAAGGACAUUUGAAAUAUUUCCUUCAAUAGUAGCAGCAGAAUUAAUUCAGCUUCAUUUCAAAUCUGGCAGUUCAGAGCAGCUAAAUACUAUCAGUCUUGUCUAAUUGACCCAGUGACACAGGGUGGAAUCCAGUGGAGGUACCCCAUAACAGAAGUGAGGGGAAGGGUUUUUUUCUGAUUCCCUUGGCAGCCCCCUGUGGUACCUUUUGAUUUGUUCUGCAGGGUUCCCCAACAACCUAGAGCUGUUGGUGUGUGUGCUCAGGUCUGCAAGAAGGAAAGCAAAAAACCCCUCCCCACCUUUUCAAAAAGAGGGUUAAAAGCCCUUCUUAUGAGACUGUGGGAACAGUUGGAUUUCAGCCAUAGGAAGUGGAACACAAAUGGGUGGAUCACAAGUGCUCCAUGUUUAAGCUUUUCUCACAGUGGGUCAAGCAGCGCCCAUAAGCAGCCCGCAAACUGGUCCUGAGUGCAUCAACAUUCUUCUCACGUGAUUCCCAGCAACUGUUCUUCAGAUGCAAACUGGAGGCAGAAUAUAGUCAUUGUGGCUGGUAUCCAUGGAUUGCCUUCCCCUCCAAGCAUUUUUCUAAUCCUCCUUUAAGGCUGUCCAACUUGUUGGACAUCCCUAAAUAUUGUGGGGGAUGAAUUCCACUGUUCAACUAUGUGCUGUGUGAAAAAGUGCUUUCUUUUAUCUGCCCUGAAUAUUGAAACAUUCAGGAUAGCACCAUGUAUUUUUGAGAGAGGGAGAAGGAUAAGGAUAAGGAGAGAGAGAGAGAGAACUAUAGAAUGAUCUGGCAGGUGUACUGGAUGUACCACUAUUUGAUAUGGAUGCAGACGUUCCAUAUUAGGUAGGGAUCUAGUGUGUUAAAGUGGCACUAUACAUGCCACUAUACACUAUACAGGUGGGGAGGGGAAUUAGUGUUCAGUUAAACCCUAUGGAGGUGGGUUGUGUUCAAAUCCCCCUUGCAGCUAUUUCUCUCCUCCCACAACAGUUCAUAAUUUAGAAGGCUCCUUUCUCUCAUUGUAAAAGCAAUGUAAAAUUCUAGUAGAAAAUGCUUUGCCUUUGUAAGCAGUAAUCUUUCAUUUGGUCAGCUGGUGACCCUUUUGUACUUGAGGAUAAUAGAAUCAGAGAAUUGUAGAGUUGGAAAGGGACCACAAGGGUCAUCUAGUCCAACCCCCUGCAAUGCAGGAAUCUUUCACCCAACACGGGUCCUGAACCCACAACCCUGAGAUUAAGAUUCUCAUGCUGUACUGACUGAGCUAUUCAGAUAAGUUGCUCUGAAUUGUUUCAUAAAGAAAUCUUGAUCAGUGUCCUGCAAUGAGUUCUAAAAAUAUACGUGCACACCAUGUGACCACAUUUACUGUGGGGGCUUUUUAAAAACCAUAAUAUAAUUGUUGCACUCAGAACAAUUGGCCAUUCAGACCGUUGAACUGAGCCUGAAAGACAGAUGGGAAGACCUUAAGUUUGGCAGAGGGUACCUAUAGAAUUUAAUGGGUAUAAUCAGAUAGUCACAGCUGACUGCUUGGGGUAUUUGGAUCAUAUGAAUCACAGUGCUUGUUUUCGAAAUCUUGGAAUAGCUGAUAAGAAACAGUUCCUUUCUCUGGUGCGUUGUCUGAGAGCAAGCCAUUUGAAUCUGAAUAAAUUGGCAGAGUUUUCUAAUCUCUGUUGAGUCUUAAUUGCUAGAGACUCUGCUUGUAUUAAAUAACACAAUACACAGUCUAGCUCAGUUAUGGAACAGCUUCACGUUCAAUAACUACAGUUUCUUAUGAGCAUUUUCUCUGUUUUGUGACAUAAUUAGGAGAGCAGUUUCACAAUACUUUUCUUGCAGUUCUCUUAAGUAAAACAUGUCUUUGCUCUUGGAAUCAUACCCUAAAGAACAAUCUGAUAUUUUGGUCUUAGUGGCUAAAAUAGGAAAGGGGGAUUGUCGUCUGCACUUUUUCAUUAACUCUUCCCCCUUACCCAGUGCUUUUUAGUAAUGUCAUCAGUGAACUAUGAACUAUCACAAAAAUUGGAACUUGAAUUUCUUGCCUGAAUAGGAAUAAUAAUGAGGCAACAUUUUAUUUCUUCAGGAAUGCAUACCUUGCUUUUCUCUUCCACAAAGGCGUUGGUCAAAUCAACUUACAGAUACAAAAGAAAACAUAAAACCAUCAGUGACUCCAACCUUAAAACUUAAACAAUCACACUGAAAACAGCAGCAACAUCCCUUCCAAUCAAUACAUUAAGCAGUGGUUGAAUCAAAAGCUUGUUUGAAAAUAAAUUAUUUCAGUUGCUGGCAGACCCCAACCUCGCAAAGUGGUUUGGGAAGGGCAGUGUGAGAAGGAAGCCCUGAGUCCUUUGAUCCCUGAGCUGGGCUCUGUGAAAGCAGUUGAUAAUAGGCUGGCAGUUGCCUAAAAUAAAGUUCUGUUGUUGCAUGGGAAUUGUAGAAAUGAAGUUGUAUUAGAGAUUGUACGAAAUGAAUUGCUAAGCAGCAGGGAAGUCCAAACAUACUGAAUGAGUGUAUGACCCUCAGUGGAUGAGAUAAGAAAAGUCCUGCUGGAGUAGGUUGAAGGUCCAUCUUAGUCCAUCAUCUUAUUUCCCAUAGUAACCAACAAGAUGCUCUGGAAAGCUACUGGAAAAUGUUAUUGGAGUAUGAGGUAUACAUCCCUAAAAGCAAUGUGAUGCAAUACAAUAAAAGGCAGACAAGUAAAAUAUGAGGGCAACAGCACUCCUUGUUGGUUGCCCCCAAAGCAAGUGAUAUUCAGAGGCAUACUAUCUUAGAACAUGUUUGCAAUUUUUCGCUAAUGUAUUGGCAAAGCUGAGGUAACUGAUGAUGAUCACAAGUUUUGAAUAUUCAGUAUAUAAAUAAUGUGAAUUGCACGAGGUGUGAUUGAUUGUUUUUAAUGGGAAGGGAAAUGUGCAUAUAAAUACUUCAAUAAGCAAUUAAACAGCAUUAUUAUUAUUAUCAUUAUCCUUGUUGAAUGUCAAGUAUUAUAAAUUAGUUUUAAUUAAUUUGUAUUUUUAACAUUGCCUUAAAGCACAAUGUCCUUGAGCCCUCACUUCAGAUAUUGCAUAUUGAAUCUUUUUCUCAGCCUUGCUCUAUCUUUGAAAAUCACUGUGAUACCUCAGUGCCCAAGGGUGAUAUAGUAUUACGGUAUGUUUUACUUAUUCACCAGCCUAAAUGAAAGCCAGUGUGGGACUGAGUUGGUGUUUGAACUUGAAAUGUAGGAUUGUGCCUUGAAUAUGAACAUGCUUAUCUUUCAUUUCAAUAUCUCAGUCUUCAAGGUGUAUGUUGCAUUAAGAAAAAUUUUGCAUCCUUCGUUUUCUCCUGAAAAUGGGUGUGAAGAAUGAGCCAAUAUUCAAGGUUAUAAUGGAGAAUUAUGUUGUAAAUGUACAUAGUGGAUAACAUUGUAAACUCAACUGUCAAUAAAGAUAUAGACCACGCUCAGAUUAGCAUAUCUUGUCUUAAUAAUAUUAGAUAUGAAUUGGUCUUUUGGACAUAAAGCCCAGCCCCUUUGCCUGAGGGAGCAAGCAAACCAAGGUAUUCCAUUGCACUUUGUUUACUAUGAUUAACAGCUUUGGAACAAGCCAGGAUAUUAAGUCAGCUUCAAACCAUGGUUUAAUAUCCUGGCUUGCUGUGAAGCAGUUAAGCAUAUUUUCAUGGUUAGCAUGAAAUAGCACCAAGAUUGACACAGGUUUAUGACUCUCUAGUUUGUUUGCUUGCUUGCCUGCUUGGGCCAAGGGAGGAUCAAAUGAGCUAUGUGUAUUUAUCCAAAAGACUCAUUCAUUUCUUGGCUUAUUAAGCGAUCAGAAUAUUGAGCAAGCAAGUUAAACCAAAAACCUCACCUUGUACAGUAAAAUAUGUGCAGUUUCAUGGACCCCAUGUGUGGAGCUUUCCGGAUACAAGCAGAGAAAGUCAUGCAGUUUACCACCUGGGUGGUUUACUGGAGUGUAGUGGCUGUUCAUUCUGGAUGAACGGAUAAGGGUUGUUCAACUCUAUUUGUCUUGAAUCACAGCAGAGAAUUUUUUUUUAAUCUCUCCCCGCCCCCCAGCCCCUACUAAAAUUACCUUACUCUUUCAGUGGAGGAAGAUACUGAGGAAAGCUCACGAUCGGGUAGAGAAUCUGUCUCUACGUCGAGUGACCAGCCAUCCCAUUCGCUGGAAAGACACAUGAAUGGCAGUCAAGAUAAAGGAGACCGGAAAAAAAUUGGGAAGGACAAGAAGAAAGAUCGAGAUAAAGAAAAGGAUAAAAUUAAAGCCAAGAAAGGAAUGCUCAAAGGCCUGGGGGACAUGUUCAGGUAGGAUUUGUAUAUGUGACUAGAGUUUGGACCUAUGAUUUUCAUGGCAAUGUCCAUUUUCAAAAUGCCAGCAAUUUAAGCAUGUUUUAAAGGGACCAUUUAAUGCUCCUUGACUCUGUCAUCAUCUGUAACAUGACUAUAAUUCUAUCAGUGUGGAUUCUAUUGCACCAAGAUUGACACAGGUUUAUGUCAUGUUUUAGUGAAGCUGCUUAUGAGGUGGAAUAAAACAAGUGACAUCUAUGUUGCAUCUGCACAAGGAUCAACAUUUGUACAAAACAAAACAAUACUCAGUUAGCCCUUGAUGUUUCUUGCAUGUAUGGUGAUUCAUUAUUGACACUCUACUAAAACCCAAUUCACAGCAACAAAGGCUUCUUGAAAUGUAGGUGUUUAGAGAAAUUCAUGUUGAACCCUGGAGAUCCUCCAUGGUUUCCCCAGUUUUCACUCUUGCCAAUACAACCUUUCUGGUUUUGAUUUGGAAUAGAGAACAUUUCCCAAUCUAAGUGAAGAGCUGGUACACAUAAUUACCUUGCCCUGUAAGGCUUUUAUUUUCAAGCAAUUGCUAUGCUCCAGUAAGUGUGGAUUUGACUUGAUUCAUUAUCUAUAUGUCUCUUUUCCAGCAUCAAUGUUGAUUUCAAAGCUGAUGACAACAAUAAGAACACAUUAGCAAACAAAAACACUUUCAUCAAUAUAAUCCUAUCAAAAAGCACAUAGCGUAUUAGUGAGGGGGAAAAAAAGCAAUCCAAUAAAAAAUGAUGCAGUUUAAUACCAAAACCAUAACAAUUCAAAAACAAUUUAUCCAAAAUGGCUGAUAAGCUGCAGCCCAGUACCAGCUGACAUAAUCCCUCUAGGAAGGGGGUUCUGCACCAGCACAGUCCCAGCAGCAACUUCUUCCAUAGCUUAAGGCACAAGGGAAGAGGGGCUGGUCUCACUUAGCCUUGAGAUGGAACACACACUGCUUUGCAAACAGGAUUCAUUGAGCAUUAACAAUGUAGAGUAACUCAGCUAUGUUACACUCAGUUAUGUCACCUAGAAGUGAUGACUAAGAACAAACUCCUUGUUUCAAACUCCUUGAAAUAUAGUACAAAAACAGACAAAGGCUAUUGGGAAGCCAUUGAGGAGUCACAGUAUAGUACCGAUUUCUUAAUGAGAGGAACACUUUGUCUGUUUUUGUACAUGUCUGUUGUGUUUUCCAGCCAUGUUUUUCUACGGUAUAAGGCAAUGGGACAAGCAGCGGGGCAGCACAUCUUCAAACAUUACAUCAUACACUUUCCCCCUCGUUUCAAACUCUGACCCGCUCCGUAGUGCAUCUACUAGUACAAUUUUUGCUUUGAGGGAGUAUUGUAUGCUUUCUGUUCUCAAAAUAUGUCUCUCAUCUCCCAGCUUCCCCGAGGGAGAAUUUGUUAGCCAUAAAGCUAUAAAGUGACUUCCCUAGAUCCUUCGAAGUUGUGCUUUCCCAUGGGCUUCCAGAAGGUUUUCAUAACAAAAUGUAGUUGUGUGCUGAGUAAGCGCCAAUAAGUUGAGACUAAAUCCUGACAAGGUGGGGCUCUAUGGACUGACAAAUCUAGGGUUCAGGAAUUAGGCAUUCUUCUAGUUCUGGAUGGGCUUGCAUUCCCUCUGAAAGAAUGGGUACAUAGUCUGGUGGUGCUCUUAGAUCCAUCACUGUCAUUGAAGGUGCAAGUGACUGGGGUUGACUAGUAAGGUAGUUAUGGAUGUUCCUAGACAGGCAUUACCUGGCCACAGUGACUGGGUAACCUUUGAGAUUUGUUCAGAAGCUGCAGCUAAUGUAGAAUUCCAUGGCUAGGCUGUCAUUUGGGACUGCUGAUUGUGAACAUACUCAGGGAGCUUGCAUUGACAUACAGUAUAAAGCCCUAUAUAGAUUGGGACCUAGAUAUCUAACAAAGCAUCUUUUUUAUGAGGAAGACCCUCUUAUUGCCACAGUUAAGUGAAAUUCACCAAGUGGCAACAAACAAGACAACCUUCUUGGUACUGGCACCUUGUUUAUUCCUUACGUUCUCAGAUACAGCUGAGGCUAACUCUUAUGAGUUUUUUUGUGCCAGUUGCAGACCUAGUUAUUCAACAAGGUUUUUAUGCAAGGAUUGCAGCAUAGCUGUUUUAUUUUUAAAGUUGCAUUUCCCCCCCUUUCUGUUUUGUUUUAAUGUGUAUUAUGUAUUUGAUUUUAAUGUAAUGCACUCUGGGAUUGCUUUGGCAAGAAAUGUUUUAAUUAGAUAAGACAUGGAGCCAGGAAACCUAUAUAAACAAGGUUAAAAUUCUUGGUUCAACUAUGUAGCUCAUAGGGUGGUCUGUGGCAAAUUAGUAUCUCUCAGCUUAGCCCACAGAGUUGUAAAGAUGUCCUACUCUGCCCUAAUUCCGUGGAGGAUGACCAAAACACAAAUGUACAUAAAAUAACAUAAUCACCGAAAUUGUUGUAUUCCCUUGAUUGGGAGACCUUUUUCGCCCCCUCUCUAUUAGUCUUCCACUCUUUUUUUUAAUAUAGGAUUUCCACUUCCCUGAUUUGAGUUCUUAAUCACUGAUCCACCACUUUUUAAUUGGUUUUUUAUCAGUUGUAGUCGUUUCUCUCUGUGUGUUUCUAAUUGUUAUUUAAAUUGUCUUACUGAAUAUUUUCUCACUGAGCCUAUCCCCAAGAAAAUAUAUAAAACAUUGGCCAGAGGUAUCCAGGGAGGCUCUUGAGUGUGCUCCACAGUAAAGGCUGUCCAGCAUGCCUUGAGAAGAUAGAUGGGCAUGCACAAUGUAGCGAGACUUUGCUGCAAUAGAAAUAAGCUUUCCUUCAUCUCUUACCUCUUUGUAUAUGUUAUUUGUGUGCAGGGCAAUGCCAUUUCACACAGCAGCUGUGCUGUACUUUCAGCCUCACCCUGAUGCAGGGCCAUACCGGCAGUGAGGUACUUGCCUCAGGCAGCAGGUCGGGUGUGAGAUGGAGGACAGGAAGUGCCAGAGAGCUAUUGGAAUAGAACUGUGUGUGCUGCCUUCAAAGAUACCCUACUGCAUACAAGUGUGGUGGAGGUUGUAGUCCUAUUGCCAGUGUGUUGUGAGGAUAACCAUGAUCGUUGUGAGGAUAAUCUGAAGAGAAGUGUCAUGUACGUUGAAGUGUAGGUGGGUUCAGGCAUGAUCCAAGACUGAGAUUCAGCUCAAAAGGGAUUUAUCGGAACAUCAGGAACAAGAAGAACAAGAAUGACAAACAGGGGCACUUGGCCCAGUAUAGUACCUCGGGUUAAGAACUUUGCUUCAGGAUGAGAACAGAAAUUGCACGGCGGUGGCGAAAGUCCCCAUUAGCUAAAGUGGUACCUCAGGUUAAGAACAUGAGCGCCACAACCCCAGAGUCGGUCACGACUGGACCUAGUGGUCAGGGGUCCCUUUACCUUUACCUUUACCUUUACCUUUACCACUGUAUCCAUGAGAGAGUCACCUUUUUUAAAAAGGAAGACAACAGACAUUCAUAACUUAAGGUGGGCACAAAUCUACCCAAUUAAAUAUAAUAAACUGUAAGAUAAUAUAUGGCAAACAAAUGUUAUCAUUUUUUAAAAGUUGUGGGUUUAUUAUUGGGUUAUAACCUUGUUUCUUAAGAGCAGCAACCAAUGCAAUUAUUUUCCAUAUAUUAACUGGGAAUUUGUGACAUUUAUUUGGGUAGAUUUGUGCACCCUGUGAUAGUUUGGAUCCAACUCUUGCCUGUCUCUCAGAUACAUUUUUUUAAGUAUUAGGGGAUUAGGCCCUGCCAGGGCAUCCCUAGGCAUAAGACAGCAAGACACAAAGGCCAGGAUACAUAUUCUGGGAACAACUCUCUGGUAUGGGAUGACUCAUUGCUUUGUAAAUAUCAGAUUUUCUUCUCAAGGAAUAAGCAGUUAGAUGUAAAAGCAGCACGGACCCCAUGAACCAAUAAAGUGCAAGCUGUUUCCCUUCCUUUUUUAGUUACUGUCAGCUGCCAUGUAAGCAAAGCCUGUGUUUCCUUGUCCUUAGCUGAUGUUGUAUCAUGUCACAUAAAAUAUUGAAAAAUCUGUUUCUCUGGCCUGAUGUUCAAAGCUGUGCUUUUUUCCCUUUCUCUCUCCUUAGUUUGUGUUGCUUUCUCCUCCCCUCUCCUCCUUGCUGUUUUACAGCUACGGAUGUCUGGAAGACUGAAUUUGACAUUUUUUGUUUUUCAUUUUUUAACUGCUUGUCUGCUCAUGUUUUUCUAAUGGCUGGUACAGAAGUAGCGUGACACUAAAAGCAGGGCACCCUUUUUGGACCCAGAGCGCUCCCACUGUGCUCAGGAGGCUUUGCGUUGCUUUUGCUGAACCAAUCCCUCUUGCUCUCCUGGCUUCACUUCGCUGGAGAGCCGCUGCACAGCUUUUUCUCUCUGUGCAGCGCCCCUUCAGCAAAGCGGCAGGAGAAACAGAGCCCCUUCCAUUUCUCCUCCCGCUUUGCUGGAGAGGCACUGUGCAGAGAGAGAGAGCUGAGCAGCGCCCCUUCAGCAAAGCGGGAGGAGAAAUGGAAGGGGCUCCGUUUCUCCUGCCACUUCACUGAAGGGGCGCUGUGCAGAGAGGGAGAGCAGUGCAGAGAGGGAAAGCGGCGAAGCGUUCCUUCAGCGAAGCGGGAGGAGAAAUGGAGCCAUUACAGAAGUCCAUUAACUUCUGUAUCCAUUCUUCUCUUGUCGGGACCUCUUCUUCCUUCCAUUAUUUUGGGCAAAUAACAUUCUUGCAGCUUUGGUUGCAUACAUAAAUAAAUUUCUAUACUAUUUAGGUAGUCCCCACCAGCCCAUCUGGUGGGCUUUCUACACUGGAUGUAGUAUUGUAUUUUUAGAGAUACAGUGACCAGCAGUUUCUGUAAGGAAUAGGGGAAACCAAAUGAGGGGAAGUAAGAGGGUGAGAAGUCAGGUAGAAAAAACUGUGAAGAGAUUAGGAGAACUGUUACAGGAAUAAAUAGAUUCAGCUUUCUGUCUAAAGAGGUUUCCUGUUAACUUGAGACUUAAGGGGUCUCCCCCCACCCCAUGUGCCAAGUGCAUUUUGUUCUGAAAACAGACACUAAAUCAGGAGUCCUUGUGAUCUAGAUUAGGGUCAUAGUAUGAUGUUAUUACUUUUGAAUAAUACAUUGUUGUGGUUUUGUGUUUGUAGUGCCUCAGGGCCACAACCAAUGCUCCUUCCUAGGUGGGGAUUUCCAGGUGCGGCUUCAAAGAAUUUAGGGGAGCGGGGAAUGGUGCUUCCCUUGUGACCAACACUAAGUUCUUCACCACAUUGCCAAACCCCAAGGGUCUCUGUGUGCUUUAGUAUCCUUGAAAUCCUUGAAUUAUUAGCAUCAGAAGAGUACAAGUUAAAACAGAAAGCUAUUUUUAAGUUCAAAGAAGCUGUUCAUUUAUUUAUGAUGCGUAUACUGCCCUUUGGUGAAAAAUUCCCAGAGCAGAUAAUACAAAAAUAAUUAAAAUACAAAUAACAACACAUCCAAAGCACAAAGUCAGUGAGAUUUUAAAAGCUAGAUUAAAAAUAAAAUAAAAAUCAGUAAGAUUUGACUAGUUGUGGCAAGCAUGUUCCUUAAGUAAACAAAACGUGCAAAAAGUGCAUGUUUACAUGGCAGUUUAUACAGGAUAUAUGAAAAUCAAGUAUAAGGGGAAAUUAAUCAUGAGCAUAUUGAACUAGAUUAGUGGUGGGGUUUUUUUUUUGCAAUAUUUCUUGAGAACAUAAAGCCCUGCUGGAUCACACCAAAGGUUCAUCUAGUUCAGCAUUGUGUUCUCACAUUGGCCAAGCAGUUACCCAUGGGAAGCUUGCAAGCAGGAUAUGCAUGCAACAGCACUCACCCUAACUGUGGAUCCCAGCAGCUCAUAUUUAGCCUCCAACCAUGGAGGUAGCUGAUAGUCAUUGUGGCUAGUGGCCAGUGAUAGCCACUUUUCCAAUCCUCCUUUAAAGCUGUUGAAGUUGGUGGCCAUCACUACACCUUGUAGUGGUGAAUUUCUUAGUGUGAAGAAGUACUUCCUUUUGUGUAUGAGCCAGUGUGGUAUAGGACUAGGACUUUGGAGAACAGGUUGAUUCACCCCACUCAGUCAUGAAGCUCACUGGGUGACCUUGGGCCAGUCACAGUCUUUCAGCCUAUCCUGUCUCACAGAGUUGUUUAUAAGGAUAAAAUGAAGUGGGGUUAACUAUGCAAACCACCUUGAGCUCUUUGGAGGAAAGGUGGGAUAUAAAUGUGAUAAUAAAUAAGUAAAAUAUCCUGAAUCUUCUGGAAUGGUGACCCUGAGACCACUGUUUCAACUGAGGAAAGAGUUCAGUUAUCCUAACUCAAAUGUAUCUGAAAAUUCUACUCAAUAAUCACAGCCUGUAUAUAUUAGAAAAUGAGAUACAAUGUCUUAACAUGUGAAACCAGGAAACUAUUUCCUUUACAAACCCUAAACCUGCAAACACCUAUCUUUAGAAAUCAAGCUGUAUAUGAUAUUCCACACUGCUGUUCUUGUUAAAGAAGUAAGUAUGAUUCAGAGGGGGUUUGCAGAGUGUGGGGUCUAUAUAUCAAAAUAUGGUGUUUAAAACAUUGGCUGUGCAGUGUCUUGCUUUCAGUAUUGUAGAUUACAGAUGGGCAAGCCAUUCUAUUGGGAACCAAUGCAAAUGAAAUAUUCCCAUAUUACCAUUAAAUUGAAUCCUACAAUUACAUUUGAAAUGAUUACUGGGAGCCUUGCAGUGUUGCUCCAUCCAGUCCUUCAAGAGGAAAUGGAUAAUUUAGUUUAAAACCUUGUUUAGCUGAAAUCAGAUAUACUGUUGUCUCUUCUUGUACAGCCACUUCCAAAGUGCACAGAACACGUCCAGAUUCAUAAACAUAUUAUUUGGAGCUUUGAAUUACACAUUCCAGCCGCAUUAGCCACCUGAGACCUCUGACUGGGCAUUUGGGGAAACAACAUGCACAGACUAUACUUUCCCAUUGCGUAGCUUGCAGGUUUUAUUGUCUGCGCCAUGAUUUUCAUUUACUGUGGCUUAUUAUGUCUGGGGAUAGUUCAAACGCUACUGAAAAAGCAGGUGUUUUCUUCUUUUUAAGGGUGGAAAUCAAUAUAAAUUUACAAUUUCCACUGUUUUAGACGCUAAUCAACCCACAAUUCCAGCAGCUACAUUUCAGAUGUUUCAUUAACUUUAUAAUUUUUCCUUGAUUGCAAAUUUGAUUUAUGUCCCUUAAUUGGAAUGGUUUCUUAAACAAAGAGAAGCAGCUUGGUGCUUUUAAUCACCCUUUUGGUUCAUGCUGCUGUCGAGUUUACAUUUGUGUUUUUCUGCUAGUGUGUGUACACACACACACACACACGCACUUCUCCCUUUUUUCGUUUUAGACUUAGGCAGGAGACGGGCACCCUCAGCACAUUAGGCUUCAAUGCAUUGAAAGCAUAGAGGGUCCUCUGCAAGGAUUAUUUCACAAUUUAAAAACUUGAACUUGUAUAUCCAGCGGGGUAUAGUGUACAGUUUUUUAAUCUGAAACAGGAUCAUAGUUUUGGUUUUCAUGCACCAAAAUAAGUGUCAGGUUGACCUGCUACUGAAGACAAGUCCACAGCUCCUGAUAACAUAUUCUCCCAGUAUUCUUCUUUGCUUGUCAGGGAGUUUAAGUGGAGAACCUCUGACAUCGACAGCACAGUAUCUGACUGCAAAGCAAGCCCAGAGAGGCACAUAGCGUGACAGCUGAGCCUUCUAAGUCCCUUCCUGACGUUUUGGUAACGUUUCUUUACAGACCUGCCAUCUGAAUAUAAAAUGCAAGUGUCAGGCGUGACACCUACUUUAUAAUCUCUGUAAAGCAAACCUUUUCGUAGGAGAAUUUGUUGACAGUUCAGAGAUUCAAAGUCAAUUUCAAUUCAAGCCUGCGUACAAGGUGUGUGCCCCCCCCACAUCUCAUCUGCAACUGAUGUGAAAAUUGAAGGCUGGUGACUAUUCAGCCCAUAGCGAAGUAUGGUAAAUAAAUAUCUUCUUGAGGGUUGAGGAAUCUGCUAGAUGAAAGAAUAUGUUAAUGACAUUCCUCCCAGUGUAUGUUGGAAACAUUUCUUUUGAGAUUUAAUUUGCUAUACUGAUAGUUGCUGGAUUUCUGCAAUAGUUAGCAUAAUCUUUCAGAGCUGUUUUUGUAGGGUUUUGCUUUGUUUUAUUAACUCUUAAGCCUUCUGGAAAUAGCCUUGUUGAAAUUAAUGUUUGCAAUGCCAUAUUUAUGAUUUCAGGAGGAGACAUAUAUCUGUGGGUGGGUGUACACAUUGAUCAUACCAUAAAUAAAUUAAAGCUUGAGUGCUUCAGAUUGACACAUGCUUGAGUGAUGACCUUAUGUUUGGGGAUACAGCUUUAACUUUAAUAUUUCAUUUCAGCCUAUAUAAGCAAUAGUCUUGGAUUCCCAUUGUGUUGGAAUGCUAACAUGUCUUGAACGGAUACCGUUUUGCUAAUCAUUGGUCUAGGAGCAAAGAGUUGCUUACAAAGGAAAUAGCCAUUGCAUAUUAGCCUUUGGUCAUAAACACAAUUGAGUUCUGUUAACCAGAAACACAUAGUUUAAAAGCCUUAUUGCUAUAAAAUGUUGUACUAAAGCCUUGGGAAUUGAGGUGUGGUGUUUCCUAGGCACAAAAGUGUACUUUGGCUGUAGCCUAGUGAAUGCAUUUCAAAAUUCUGGUCUGAUAAUCAUUCGUAUACAAGAUGCCCACUGUGGUUGUUGAAAUUGCAAUUAAAGAUACAAAUCUGUAGUAAAGAAUGGCACCAUCCAGGCACAAGAGAAAUGUUUGAGAAACUGAACAGGUACAAUAUAUCAUUAGGGAAAAAUCUGUAAGGAGGGAUGGGGGGAAGCAUGCUCAGUGGUUACAGAAUGUGGAGAGUCUGUUGGGUGGAAAUUGGAAAACCAGGGAGGAAUAGGAAUGGAAUGGUGGAUCCUUGGAACCCUGAACAGAAGUACUCCACACUGCAAUGUUUUGUUACAGGCCCUAUUUGUACAUCCAUAGAAUCUUGUGAACCGCUAAAGUACUAGUUUGUGUAGAUUUCUAUUCUCCAGUUUUCCUUCUCUAAUUACAGUUCCUCCAGCCGCAUUAGAGGCCUCUAGGGUUCUCCACCUGCUCAGAGCAGUGUAUGGGGGUGGGAUGUGCACAAACGUGCAAGAAACUUUGAGCAUAGGACCAUCUCUGCGUUUGGGUUCUACAUAUGUUAAACAGUAAUAGUUUUGGAAAGGGCACCACCAUUUCUUUGGAAUGGAAUGUACUCUUCUGUACAAAACCCCUUUUUAAGUAUUGCUAUAAACAGCAGGAACUAGCAGCAAAGGGAAUAUGCGACGACAGACAUGUAUCAAUGUCACCAUUUUGAUAGCUUUCAGGUCAGUAUUUUUUUGAGAGCUGCAGUAAACCUUUUACUAUGCAGUAACAUUUCAGUAUACCAUGAUGAGCAUUUAAUCACAGUUAACUUUUAUAACCUAAGUGCCAACUUACACUAGGUGGGAGGGCAGGGAAAUUCUGCUGCACAUAGAAGAAAACAUGUUGAUGAAAAUGAGACAAUCCCACAUCAGGAAAAGCAUAUGGGCUAGUUUUGAUAAUGAGUGGUACAAAAUAGCUUUAUGGGGAAAUGGUGCUGUUUAAAAAAGUAGAAAAGAGAAGGCACCCAUUCUCCUUGUUUUACCUCCACCCCAGGAAGAUCAGUAGAAAAGGUAAACUUGGCUCAACUUAGGGCUAGUAAUUUUACAAAGUUUUGCAUGGGAGAGAUUUAACAGACCCUCUCCCCACUGAUUUCAAGGCUUCUUCACCAGUUACAGUUUAAUAAAUGACUUUUGUGUCUCCUCCAAUAAGUGGAGUGGAUGUACAUAUUUAUUUUGCCACAUUAUGCUGUGCUAGGAAAAGCAUCUGUCUAAACUAUUGGACUGCAAAAGCACCGUCAGUCAGCACAGAAAAUACGUAGCUAUAUGCACCAGUGGUCUGAUGCAGUAUAAGGCACCUUCAGAUGUGCUGUAUUCUCUUUCAUUCAUUUUCCCAUCUAAGCCUACCUCAGUAUUUCCAAAUGCCUAAAACCAAUCCAAAUUAACUUUUCCCUGCUUCUGCAUAAGCUUGGGAUCAGCUGACUCUUCUCUGUAAGCACUUAUUUGUUGAUGAAUAUGUAACAGCUGCUCUGUAUACCUGGGCAAUUGCUCUGGAUAAAUCCGAAGCAAUGGCUUUUGGUUGAUAGUUGCAAAUUAAUCAAGUGCAAAUUAAUCAAGAAGUGCAUCAUUUAGACCUACUUCCAAGCCAUUUGGUGGAAUGUAACGUUUGGUACUGUAGUUCCCGUUACACAUUUGUGAAGGACAUGAAGCGCACACAGCUGUUAUGGUUCUAGAAAUAUAUAUUUCCCAUCUGCUUACUUUCUUGUUAUGUUGGAAGACCUUAAAAGCUGGAGAGACAAGGAACAUUUUCAGUGUCCUUUCUGUGUUCUCCCUGGAAUGGGUUCCUAACACAUUGAAAUUGAAUGUGCAAAUCAGUUUUCAAGGUCUGAAGUAAUAUAUAUUGCUUAAUUUAUUCAGCAGAGGAUAUUCCUUGGGAAAGCUACAUCAACAACGAUUUUUCUAGUAAUUGACAGGGAAAUGCUGAUGUAUAAAAAUGUUUUACAGAUAAUGAGGUCUGCAGGGAACUUUUAACGUUUGGGAGGUUCCAGGUGAACUGUCAAGAGCUUGGUUAACCUUUUGUGUGCAUGUUUAAAACUUUGCUGUAGAAUCAUUGUAAUUAAAAAAAGAAGAAUGGAUUAUCACUGACCAUUAUUCACAUUAAGUUGCCAUGAGAUAAUUUCUUAUCCACCACCCAUAUCCUUGAUGUUUCUCCUGGACAUGGUGACUUGUGGGUUUGUUUGUUUUUUGUUGUUGUUACAUUUGUAAAAUCUCUUCUGUGCCCAAAAACUAAAGAGAAAACUCAACUUAUAAGGGAAAUACAUAGCUUGAUGAGGCUUUGCAAAACUGUGAGUGAUUCUACAUUGCUUUCCCCAUAUUUUUACAUUCUGCUUCCUGUUCCUUUGUCAAAAGGUAAUUUGUCCAAAGUUUUGAAAGUUUAAAUAUACAGUGUUGACUGGAUCACCUCCCUCUGUAUGCUUAUUGACAAAGAAUGUUCAGAAGCUAGUGAGACAGGGCUUACCUUUGAAUUAGCCAUGCUGGUUUGGUUUCAGCAAGACUUGUUCUUCUAUAUCAGAGGUGCCAACCUGUUUGGACUAGUGGGCAAGAGAGUGCUGGGGGCAUCGCUCACAAAAUGGUUGCCCUGGAGGAGGCAUGGCCUAACACAAAAUUUGAGACAACCAAAUCCAUCAACUCCAUAUGUUUAUCAUGGGAUGUCAGCUAUGCCUUGCUGGUCCUGAUUAUGUAGAUAACAUGCACACUCUGUGCUGUUGUUGUCUAAUUACAAGGAACAUUCCUCAGUACCAGGAAAAAUGUGUCUGUGGGUGUUAGGUUGGCAGCCUCUGCUCUAUUCUAUUUUUAAUAGUGUUUUCCACCAGUUUUUCCAGAACAGACAUCCCAAUGCUCUCUGGAUCACCUUUUAAAAAUUGGUGUUACAUUAGUUACUUUCCAGUUCUUAGGUGUGAAGACUAAUUUUAGAGGCAAACUACAUACCUUUCUAGCAAGAUAUGUAGUUUUUGCCAGAACUGAGAUUUGAACCUAGAAGAUCCUGGUUCACAGAUCACUUUCUUAGGAUCUCUAAUUGUGGUUUCUCUUUUCCAUCCAUAGUUAAUGACAUAUUAUGAAAAAAAAUGCCACUGUGUCAUUGCAUGAUUGUUUUAAGUUACAGAUUAUUACUAUUUUAUGUGUUUUUCCUCCUUUUGAAAUAUGAUUGCACCUUAGUAACACUUCCUCUUUUUGACAGCAUCCCCCCCAAUAAAUUGUUUUUGUUUUUACAUCCACAUAACUUGAAAAGUUAUGUCCUGUGUCUCAUUUGUAUUUCCUAUAUUGUCCCCUUCUGGGAAAGUACCCAUAGUUUAAAUUGUAAGAAAACCAUGGUAACCAAAUGCAGUAAGAUUUGUUGGCUGUGACAUGUCAAAGUGUUGUUUUUAACAAAAGAAGCUGAUGGCAAUGUUCAAAUGGACCCUUCUCAUCAUAUGGCUGCUUUGCAGCUCAAUCAAUCUCUUAUUAUUAUUAUUAUUAUCAGAGUUAUUCAGGCAGAGGCAGUAGCGCUAGUAUUUCUCAUAAUCAGCCCUUGAGCCAGAUGUAAUUUGCAAUUUGUAGUAUUGUAUUUUGAAACAAUAAUGCAUUAAAAUGUACAGAGCAUGGAAUUAGAAGUAUAGUUGCCAAGAGGACAUAUUGGAGAGCAGGCUACUGCCUGAAUGCUUGUAAGUGGACACUGCUGAUUUUAAAAGGACCAUAAUGCAAUUUUAUUAGUAUCUAAAUUGAUUUAGACUAGCUGCCGUCAAGUCUCUCUCGUUUCACAAGCUGUACAGCUGAAUGGCAAUAGAAUGAGUGCAAAUUAACCAUCUUUACACAUGGUUUUUAGACACCAAACCUUUACUUAAGAAUCUGUAGUGUAAUCUUCAUAUUGCUUAAGUUUGACAUUAACUACUCAUGCUAAAUCCAGCUGAUCUCUUCAGUAAUACAGGCAGGUGUCUUUGCUGUAUUGUUUCCAGCACCCACUAAAAACCUUUUUAUUCCAGCGAGUAUACCCAAGCAUGUAAUUUUAGCAUGUAAUUUUGAGACAUGGUUUUAGUAAGUGUAACUGUUUUAUAAUUACAGCCAUACCUUGGAAGUCGAACAGAAUCCAUUGCGGAUGUCCAUUUGACUUCCGAAAUGUUCAGAAACCAAGGCGCGGCUUCCGAUUGGUUACCAAUUGUGCAGGCGCACCGGAAACAAUAGCGGAAGCCGUGCCGGACAUUUGGCUUCUAAAAAAAGUUCAAAAACUGGAACGCGCACUUCCAGUUUUCAAUCAUUUGGGAGUCAGAACGUUUGACUCCCAAUGUGUUUGGGAGCUGAGGUACAACUGUAGUGGUUUUAUUUUACCCCCCCCCCUUUCUAACUUCUUAUUGGUAUUUUUAAUGCCUGUUUUAGACUGUUUAUUAUAAACCAUUUAGAGUAAAUUCUAGAAAGUGGUAAUAAAUGUUGUUAAAUAAAUAAAUAAAUAAAAUGCCCAAAUAUUCUCCUGUGUCAAAAAAUUAACUUCCAUAUUCAAUACAAUUUGGAUAUUGCUAUCUCUAGAGGCCUUCCUAAAACCUUUUUUUUUUUUUUUUUUUUUUUUGUAAAUAUCAACUGUUUAUGACUUUUUAACAAUGUCAUACAUGCAUGCUACUUACACAUGCAGUGUAGUAGAUUUUAGGUAUACCUGAGUAUAAAUGCUAUAUGAAAAUGUGUGAUGUUUUAUGAGCUAAAAUUGACUCCCAAGUUAAGUUUAUCUCUCUUAUUUACAGCUGUUUAAUAGCUGUCUUAGCAUCCUGCUGCCUGGAUCUCUAUAGAGUUCCCAAGUGUUUAGUUAGCUAACAAAGCACCACAGCCUUGAUUGGAUAAUACUGGCUGGAAAGAGAACAUUUCUAAGUGCAUUAAGUGACAGUAAUGUAAGGAUAUGUUGUCCAUUAAGAGUGCAUUGCCCAUUAAAAGCAGGUUUAACUUGUUCAUAUCUCUCAAGCUGUUGUUUUUUAAGGACAAAAAUCUCUCUGGAGCUGAGCUCUAUGCAUAGUUCAAACCGUAUCAAAUCUGUUACUAUCAGGACUGUUGAGUGCCCACAUAUAUUAAAAAAUAGUAGUUCUUGGGAUUUUUGCACUUUUGCUGUUCCUAAUCAAUCUUAGAAAUGCAUGGGUUUUAUAACAUUUCCAUUAAAAUUCAGUGUUCUAUUUCUGUGGUUGCACUCAUCACUGCUGAUUACCAAGACUCUUAUGUUUCAAUAGAAGCUUUUCUAUUCAUAAUCCUUCCUCCUUGAUUCAGUCAUUGAAGCGGCAACCUGCUAUUUAACACAUUAUAGUUUACUCCUUUCAUGUAAUUUACAAGAACUUUCAGUAUUUAAUGCAUAGGACACAAACACGAUGGCAAGGAAAAAUACUAGUCCUUUGUCCCUGUGGUGUACAUGUUGAACAACACCUUUCCAGUAUUCUUGCUCCAGGAUGCUUUUGAUAGCAUAUUCACCCCAAAGUGUCCUUAGUGUCAUGUCACUUAAUAAACAACAUACAUGCAUCCCUUUGAGUACAUAAAUGUGCUUUUGAACAAAGAGAACUCUACAUAAAAGCUAGCUUAAAUCUACUUAGUUUAAAUGAAGUGGAAAGAUAAAUGACACACAUUAUACCACUUUAUCCCAACCUCUCCCACCAGUUGCAACUCUUUCAAAAAAUGCAAUUGUCAAGAGUUAUCUUCCAUGUAAGCACUAGAUCAACUUUACUUAAUUCAUAGAUGGUGCUUUGGUGGUUGAUAGUUUGGAGGUGUCGGCUCUCACUUUUAAGACCUAGAUUUCUAAAUAUUUGUGUAUUUUUUUGGUUCAGUUUUAUGUUCCUUUUGUACUGCUGGAAUUUGCUGUACAGGAUGGAUAUUAUUAAAUCUUUUACUGACUGUAUAUUGGGGGUUUUUUUAUGGGAUUCUGUUGGUUUUAUAACUUUCUGUUAGCCACCUUGAGUCUCUUUUGAGAAACAGGUGGGAUAGAAAAAAUUAAAAUAAAUAAAUGCCAGAAUGUGAGAGAGACAGAAGAAUACCAUGCAAACCAGGGUUCUCUGUCAUAGGAGUUGGACGGUCACCUUCACAGAGAAAUGCAGUUGAUGUCACAUUUACAAAAUGGACUUGGAACUUGUAAGACACGUAUUCAAAUGUGUAAGAAACAUUGGAUUGUUGGGUCUGAUCUCCUUGCUGCUGUUUUCCUUUUCAGCUGCAGAAUUAUCUUUUCUUUUUUUCUGACUCAUUUCUCAGGAUAAGUGGUUUCCUGGUUUGCAAAGCAUGCAUUUGCAACCUGUAUUCCCCUACUGUCCUUUUUGUGAAGCAAAUGCAUGUUGUGGAUUUCUGGGUCUUGAACCUCCAGCCAGUUACCAUAGUAACAAAUUUGCCAAUCUGAGACAAGAGCCUAACUGGGCAGUUGUUUGGGGAGACAUUUGUAGAAGGUAGGGAGUGGGAAAGCUAGUGGCGAAAAAAAAAGUAAGGAAAAUAAAGUGAGAAAUAGCUGUCUAAGAUAGAUCAAGGACAAGAGAAUGAAGGGCAGGAUUUUCAUUAAGCUGUCACAUAAACUAGGAAAUAUUUUGAACUGUGCUGUUUAGAAUAUAAUACAUCGGCUCUGUACAGAGAACGAAGGCAACUUGUCAAAGUCCAGAAUGUGGGCUGUGAUAUGACCCGGCUCCUCUACUCCAUAUGUUAUUUCUCCCUGGUUAACAGUGCCACCUGCACAGGCAUGUCUUGUGAAUGUGGAAACCAGAGGAUUGCCAUUUCAUUUUUGAAAUGUUUAACAUUCUUUUAAACAUGCAAAAAAUAAAAUCUGAAAUUGUAUAGGAACAUUGUAUAGGAAUUGUAUGGGAAAAUUGUAUAGGAAUUGUAUGGGACACGAGUGGCGCUGUGGGUUAAACCACAGAGCAUAGGACUUGCUGAUCAGAAGCUCAGCGGUUCGAAUUCCCGCAACAAAGGGACCAUUGCUCGGUCCCUACUCCUGCCAACCUAGCAGUUCAGAAGCACGUCAAAGUGCAAGUAGAUAAAUAGGUACCGCUCUGGCGGGAAGGUAAACGGCGUUUCCGUGUGCUGCUCUGGUUCGCCAGAAGCGGCUUAGUCCUGCUGGCCACAUGACCCGGAAGCUGUAUGCUGGCUCCCUUGGCCAAUAAAGCGAAACGAGUGCCGCAACCCCAGAGUCGGCCACGACUGGACCUAAUGGUCCUUUACCUUUACCUAUAGGAACAUAGGAAGUUCCCUUAUGUUGCCUUAUAUAUCAGGCCAUUUGUUCAUUUAGCUCAGCAUUGUCUGCAUUGACUGACAGCAGUUCUCCAGGGUUUCAGGCGAGGUCAGCCCUACCUUGAACCUGAGAGCUUCUGCACGAAAAGCAGGUGAUCUGUGACUGAGCUUACAGCCCUUCCCUCUAUCAUUUACAGUGAUACACUGAUGGGGAAAGGCACACCUGGCAAAUGAUGCCCAGGCACCUAGCUAUUAACAGCACAGGAGAAGCACCAUUCUGGAGAAGCAUGAUGUCAGGGGUUCAGGAGCAGAGGCACAGGAAAGGGAGGAAAUAGAGAGCGAGGGGGAGGAGUCCGAAGGAAAUGUUAGCGAUGACAGCGGUCCGAGGUCUCUGAGUCUUUCCAGCGAAUCGGAAGAUUCACAGAAAGGGGCUCCCUUGGUCAGAGCAAGGGGGUGCCGAGGGGACACCCCAGGAAGAAGGGGCCAGAGGGGACUCAGAGAGCAGCAGUUGGAAAUCAGGACCAGCGUCCACACCAGAGUGCAGUAGGGGGGGAGGAGUCCCAGGCAUCGGGAUCAGGCGGCGCACUGCCAGUGGGAGGACAUGAGUCAGGAUUGGCCACGCCUCCAUCGGGGAGCGAGGAAACGGUCGAGAGGAAGGUUGAAGGCUGGGCGCGCGCGCCCGUUCAAAUGUACAGGAGGGCGGCGCAGUUGGCAGCCCGGAUAGGGAGCCAGGUCCCAAAGCCCGCCGAAAAGAGGGGGAGGAGUCAGGAGGGUCAGCGUCAGAAGAAUCCAGGAAGGAAGGGACCCCGGGGGGGGUAGCAGGACCCAGAUGAGAAAUGAGACACGUAAGAGGUGGAGUAAUGCUUGAAUCUUAAAAUGGUGUACACGGGGCGGAGACUCAGAUGGAGCUUCGCCGAUCUAACCCCUAGACGUAGAGCUGGGGCGCUCCGGCUUGAAAAUGGAAACUGUACUUCAAUAAAGACUUUUGUACAUUACUGCCGGCUAGCGUUGGUCCUCUGUGAGCUGGGACCUGGAGCCAGCUCUGACACAUGAUCUAGGUCACUUGAUGGUGGCUAAUCAAGCAUUAUGGUUUUAUCCUUCUGUCUUUCAGUCAGAACUUGAACAAAUAUUAGAAAUGCCAUGAGGUUGCUGUGGGAAGCAACUUCUGCUAAGGCAAGCCAUCCCCACUCAGGUUGUAACAAGUAGUGAGACUGUCACCAUCCUGUUUCGAGUGUUUACGUCCUCACUGCAUAUUUCUGGCAUUUGGAGGGAUCAGUAAACCCGAAUCCAUGUGGGAAAUGCUUCUUUGUGUUGCAUUCAAGGCAGGGAACAUAUCUUGAAGGAAGGGCACUUUGGUGGCAUAGUCAGAUUUUUAAGUGUGUGUGUGUGUGUAAACCACAGUGGCUCUCUCUCUUAGAAUGCUAAGAAGAUGGCUUUUCAUCAUUAAAAUGUGAAUAUUUUCUUGUUCAAAAUAGUGGCUAUAUAAAUAUGCAUAUUAUGAUGAUAUAUAGGAAAUCUCUUUGGUAUUUUAGAAUCAAGCCAUUAAAUCCCUUUUGGUUAUUGUGAAUAUAAUCAAUGUUCUUAUUUCUUUAUCUUUUCUAAACGAUGUCUUACCUUAUUCUAGGAUUAUGUUGGACCAUUCUUUUACAUAUACUUACAAAAUGUUAAAUAUGUAUAUCAUAAAAUGCCAUCUGUUUUGAUUAUACAGUGGGAAUUGUUGCAUUGAGCGUUAAAGUGCUUUGAUGGCAGACUGAAUGCUGGAGUUUAGUUUUAAAAUGUAACAAUAUUGCUUAUUAUAGGGAAACUGCAUGCCCUUGGCAUCACUGAUAGGAGACCCAGACACUGUUUGUUAAUUUUUAAUGUUAGUACUUUCUCUGUUUGUGGUGGUGGUGGGGAAGUGCUGUUGAAUUGUCUCAAUCAUUUGUGUGUGUGUGUGUGUGUUUUCAUUAAUCAACUAGUGCAUGCUUUCCCCAUUGCUCUUUAUUUUAAUGAAAUCUGUGAAUGAUUUGUCAGACAGCAGUGAUCUCAUCAGUAAUGUGUCAGAAUUAAAUCCAUUUAGCAGAUUACAUGGACAUUAUUUUUACUGUAUCAAUUUGUUCUUUCAAAGUGGUGUUGCCGCUGCAAACACGUGUAUCUCUUUCAAACUAGAUUGUUAAAAUGUAAACAGUACAAUUUGUUUUCUCAAACUGAAGCAGAACAAAUAAGCUGUUGUUUGUACCUGCUAGCUUUAUAUUUAAAUCUAUGCAUUGGUUUUACUCGUCCUUUUAGUUCAGCACUGGGAAAUAUGACACUAACCAGAUGUUGCUGAACUACAACUCCCAUCACCCUCAAACAGCAUGGCUGAUAACAAGGAAUUAUGGGAAUUGUAGUCUAACAUCUGCAGAUUCCCCACCCCUGCUUUGGAGAAACUGCUGAUGAGCUGUAGGAAACUAAUCUAAAGCCUACCAUUCUGUUUACAGUAUUACUACAAAGAUCCCUGAACUCAUGUCACUUAUUUACAUCUCUGAUCAGUUUCAUUCGAGGAAUGCAUCAGGGGUUGAAGGGAACUGAUAGCUCCGUCAGUAGAGCAUGGCGCUCAAUCUCAGGGCUGUGGGUUUGGGCCACACACUGGGUGAAAUAUUCCUGCAUUUCAGGGGGUUGGAUUAGAUUAUCCUCGUGGUCCCUUCCAACUUUGAUUCUAUGACAGACACAUAUCUGUUUGAUUUUGAGUAUGUACCCAAUGGUUUGGUUUUGAACUGGACUUCUGUAGUAACCCCAGCAAGAACUUCCAUGGGAAUGGGUUCCAUAGUUGAACUAUCUGUCCUGAAUCUUCCAACAUUCAACUUCCUUGGGUGCCCAUGAAUUCUCACAUUAUGAGUGAGGAAGAAAAGCUUUUCUCACUCUACUUUCUUCAUGCCAUGCACAAUUUUAUAAACGUCAACCAUGUCACCUUGUACUCACCUUUUCUCUCAACUAAUGCUGCCACCUUUCCAUAUAUGGGAGUUUCUUCCCCUCCUUCAUAAUUUUGGUUGCCUUUUUCUGGCUGUUGCCUCCCUGUGGUGGCAGAAUUUGUGCUGGAUUAGGACAGGGGUAGGCAACCUAAGGCCUGGGGGCCGGAUGCGGCCCAAUCACCUUCUAAAUCUGGCCCACAGAUGGUCCAGGAAUCAGCGUGUUUUUACAUGAGUAGAAUGUGUCCUUUUAUUUAAAAUGCAUCUCUGGGUUAUUUGUGGGGCAAAGGAAUUUGUUAAUUAUUUUUUAAAAACUAUAGUCUGGCCCACCACAUAGACCGGCCCCCUGCUGAAAAAGUUGCUGACCCCUGGAUUAGGACAUAGGUUUAUACCUUGGCAUCCCUUCAUUGUCGCAAGGAGAAUAGGGAAUGUAGUUGUUGUUGUUGGCCUUUAUUGUCAUAAGUUUAAACAGUAAAAUCAUACAAGUCCUUCAAAUACAUUAACAAUCCAAACACAAACAAUAUAUAAAAAAACCAGAUAGCCACCAUUGAAUAAAUCAGGCAACUUUAGAUUUAGCUUUAAGACUCUUGAGAGAAUGUAGUUACAAGUGGUUCCUUGCUCCAUGGAUUGUGCAACAGGGACUUGCUUUGGAACAGGGCUGAAUGCAAAUGAUUUCAUUCUGAGGGAUGUCCAUUCUGAAGCAUGUUAGAGAGGCUUCCCACAAUUUCUUACUGUAAGUGCUUUGCUAUGGAGAUGGCAAUGAUGUAGUAUCAGUACUGAGAGUGCCCCUCCUGUUACGCUCUUUUAAAACCUGUACUCCAGCCCUUGUGCACCAAGAAUUUCCCCCUUCCUACCCUUUUCUUUUAUUCAACCUCACCGGGGCUUCAGCUCCCAGAAAUCCUACAAUUAAAACAAAAAACUGCAAGCCCAAUACCCUUGCACUAUCCAGGAAUGCAGAUGUCUCUGCAGAUGUCUCCCACCUGGAAAGAGGGCCUUUGUUCAAAAGGCCUUCAGUUAAGAAACCGGUGGUAUGUUUAUCAUUAUUUUGUUAACUUAGAUCUCAUCCUACUUCCUGCAAAUGCAAUUUAGCACAUUGUUGUUUCACAUCAUGAAAUAAGCAUUGGUUACGUCCCCCCCCCGCCCCGUAUUUGUUUGAGUUGGUUUUAUUUCUUUUAAGUUUUAUGCUGGACUUCCUUCAUGUCACUCUUGAAAUGUCCCAGGACUGACAUGUUUUUCAUCUUCAGGGGGGAAAACCCACUCUCCAAGCUUUCCCAGUUGUCCAGUCCAUGCUAUUUCCAUUGAAAAGUCCUGUCAUAGGUUUGUAGUACUCAUAGGACAGGGUGGUAGACCUGCAGGUCUCUGUCUGCCUCAAUAGUCAGAUGGAGUGUGUGGAGGGGGAAAUUGGGAGGAAAGUCGAAAUGGAUGGAAGAAUGGGAGUGGGGAAACCUGAAGCAAGCAAUUCAGAUUUCUGGCAAGAGUGAUCUGUUCCUCCCCCAGCAGCUCUGCAAGACAGUGCUUUGCAAGGGAUUCUGCAAGAUGCCAAAAUCUAGAUAGCAAUAGAAUGCACUGAUAUGAGGGAAGAUGUUCUAGGAUGUUUGCAAAGAGAAAAGCACAGAAUCAUUUUUGCAUGUAGAAUGAUGCUUGUCCCAACUGUCACAAAUUAGUUGACUUGAGGACUUAGCAUCAUAUCGUUUUGGAGAGCUCACAGGUAUCUUCUCAGAGUGCUCUCUGACCUUUUUUCUCUUUUUUGCAAAUGGAAAAUGAGGGAGUUAAAUUAACAACCCUGGAGUAUCUUGGCAAUUAGUGAAGAGGAUUUCAUCCGCUCACCCUCAUCAUUUUCUCACACUUUGGGACAGGCAGGAUAUUUUUAAUUUGCAACCGUUAUUUCAAUCUGUCAUAAAAAUAAUUCUAUAAAAAAUUGCUUUCGGUCCAAUUAUACAGGAACUCUAAGCUGUGUUUUUAUUUCCAUCUAUAAGUUAAUGUAAAGCCUACAUCAAUAAAUGGAAGGGAGAAACACAUACACACUCAGAAAAUCUGAGUGUGAUAUUCAGUUUGUUGAUAUUUAAUGGUAAGCUAUUCACUAGCACUGAAAAAUACAUUAAGCAGGGCAAAAUAUGACAUCUUGAAGUAUCUGGGGAGAAGACGACAUUUAACAUUUCUCUUGUAUUUUCCUUACUGUGAAUUAGAGUUCUCUAAUUCCCCACCUCCACCCCCAUUUUCUGAUGUGGAGCUGGAUUUUGACGGAAGUAGCUUUUUCUUAACAGAUUAUUUGCUUGGUGGUAAUGGUGGCCAGCUGACUUUUGGUUUUAGUGACAUGUAAUGGAGCUGCCUUAGACCAUAGCUGGACAUUUAAAUUGUGGCUGGAAUUCUUCACUCCCCAAGCUGAGAGGCCCAAGGUCAUCUGAUGUGUUUUGUGGCUGAUUGAAGGUUUGAAUCUUGGUCUCCCAAAUCCUGGUUCAACGCUCUAGCCCAGGCAUAGGCAAACUCAGCCCUUCAGAUGUUUUGAGACUACAAUUCCCAUCAUCCCUGACCACAGCUAGGGAUGAUGAGAGUUGUAGUCCCAGAAUAUCUGGAAGGCUGAGUUUUCCUAUGUCUGCUCUUGCCACUACACUCUAGGGCUCAACUUGCUCUUUCUUUAGAUCAAAGUACCACCAACCUGGUGCCCUCUAGAUGUUGGAAAAUGAUUGAACCUUUGUACAGAAAACUCCCAAUUUAUGUGGGGAUUACAUUAUGAGGCACCAUGUGGUUUCAUGAAAUCACGUAUAUAUGAAACACCAUUGGAAAAGCCCGCAAACAUGCUGUGCACCUCUUGAAACCAUUGAAAAACCCUUAAAAAAACCAGCAGCACUUACUGGAUACCAAACUCCACCACAAUCACUCCCUGCAAACCUCCUUGUUCAAACUCCCAACUCUUCAGGCUUCAAUGUUCAGUGCAAGGGCUCCUGGGAUUGCACUUGCAAAGGCUUGUGGGAUUGCUGGAUACUGUUUUUGUACCUUUUUUGCCCUUUCUGGGCUGUUUUAGGGCAGCUUCCACCAUUUUAAAAGUUACUUCCAGGUUUGAUGCAAUGCAUGCUUGCACGUCAAUUGGUUGUUGCCGGUAGUUGCAACAUGUUUCUCUCACGUGUGAAUAUUCACCCCUGGAUAUUCACAUUCAUCCAGUUGCCUGGAUUCAUUUUCCCUGUAAGCUUUUUGUUCUUAUCUUACGUUGUGAACCUGUAGUGUUAAUACUGCUGAGUGUGUUACUUUGUUUUUAUCAGUUUCUGUGAAUGAAUUUAUUUAUUUUUUAAAUGAUGUGCAGUGUAGAAAAGUUUGCUUUGUAUAUGUUAAUCACACCAUUCUAGAUCUUUCUUUCUUGAAUCUUGAGUUUUUAAACAGUUUGUAAGCAGCCCAGAGGACUUGGUUGAUGUGUGAUAUAUACGUGCAACAAAUAAAAUAAGAAAGGAGGAGUUAGUGGAUUUAUUUCAGUAUGCAGAAGUGUUGUGCUGUAGUUUAUUUAUUUAUUUAUUAAUUAUUUAAACUUAGGCUGCAGGCUUAAAACAAGAAAGCAUUAUUGAAGUGGGGGCUUUGGAUAUGGCAUAGAUGUUGGUGCACUGCUAAAGAGGGAGAUUGCCAGUGUGACAGCAUAUAUGCCAUCAGAAGACCCCAUGGUGCACCCUUGGAAACGUCUGCAGUGCUGGGCUAUGUGUGUCAAGGGUGGCACACCCACCAGAAGAUCUGCAGAAUCCUAAGCCUUCUGGUCCCAAAGUGAGCCCUCAGUGAAACCAGCCUUGGAGCUGGUGUACUUAAUUCCCUUCCAUCCAUUGCAGUGGAGGGCAAAAAGAGAAGUGGCGUUAAAGAACAGAACCAAAAAAGUGAAGGGAAAGGUACCCACCAUACCCACUCACUGGGUUUGGCAAAGCAGAAGAAUCUCUUCCAUUCACGGAGUAAUUUUACCUCCAUGUACACUGCUUAACUGUAUCUGCUUAUUGCACUUACACGUAAAUUAAGCAGGACGUGCAAUAAAAUGGUUCAGGUAUUAAUUUAAAAAUAAACAUCUCACCAGGAGUGCUACUAUAAAUAUAAGCAUCACUGAGGCUGAACUGUUCAAACUGAUAUUUGUUUGAUGAUUACCUUGCCGUUCCAUCCCGCCCCCUUUGUUUGAGUGUCAUUCUAUAAUGAGCACAGAGUUUUGUAUGUGGAGAGUAGAAGCCUACACAAUUAUGGUUCAUGUUGACAAGUUAGAACUUUUGUUUUGUUAUUAACAGGUUUGGCAAACAUCGAAAAGAUGACAAGAUUGAGAAAAUAAAAGUGCAGGAAGCUGUUACUUCAGAAGAGGAGAGAAUACGAAUGAAGCAAGAACAGGAGAGGUAGACUUGGUCUUUUGCUUAAAUCUUGAUAGAGGUUUUUUUUUUACGUUUGGUAAUUUACAUUCCACUGGAGUUCAUUUUUAGUCAAAUGACUCAGAUACAAAUAUGUUUGUAGAGCUGAUGUAACUAAUGGGAGAAAGCAGAAUAUAUAUUGGACAUCAGCUAGGAUAAUUUGACUAUAUUCCGAGGCUGUUAUAGCAACCAGGCAUCUGUUUCAUGAUUUGUCAUCCCCACUCCCCCUUCUUUACAGGGGCAACUGGAGUAAUAAGUAUACCUGUGCUAGAAUUGAUUGUCUAGACACUUUCAAAAACAUUAAUAUUUAUAUGGAAUUGGAAUAAAUUUUGUAUCUUUUCCUGAAAACAUUUGCGUAUCUACUUUUGUUGAUUUUACACUGUGUCUUCAAUUGAAUUUGAAACUCCUCGCUGGAAAUAAAUAUUGUCACUGGAGAUCAACCUUUUCCUGUUGUCCUGUAGUGUUGUGUAGAUUAAAUAGCUGGGUAUAAAAUAACUAGUGAGUACUCCUUGCUGGAGUAUUUCCCCCUCAAAUUUAAGAUCUUCAUGCUUUUAUAUAAUUACUUCUGUCAAAUCCCAUCUGUAUAAGCCCAGUUUUCCAGUAACCAACCAAAUGCAUCCCCACGUACCUAGCUAAUGCAUACUUCCCCAACUUUUCAGUGCAGUUAUGCCCACAGAAAGAAAUGUGUGCCUGGAAUAACCUGGAAUUGCAUUGGAUAAGGAGGCUUAUAUGAGGCAGGAGCUGUGCGUGUAUACAGCGCUGCUCCCAUGUGCAUAAUGGACAUCUGGACCAGAGUUCCUAGCUACAAUCAUGCACCAAAUAACAUUAAUUUAAUUCUCAUAAAUGCUUAUAUCUGAACACAGGCCUGCAAUUCCAGUCUGUCACUUCCAGAGCACUACAAAAUCACAUUGAAGUCAAUUAACUUGAUUAGCUUUAUGAUGCAACAGUUGAUUCUAAAUUGCUGCCACUAUUCCUACAACAUUUUACUUUGCAGUGAAGCUAAACACUAACAACGAUGGCUAUUUAUAAUUUGAAAAAAUAUUAAUAGAAAAUAGGUCGCUGACUAAUUGCAGCGUGCUGCAGUAUUGACGUUAAUGAAGCUAUUCCAGUUUAGAUUGCAUGUUGAACUGUAGUCGGAUUCCUUUUUUAAUUUGCGUCAUUAAAUUACCUUGGAAUACAAAUAUGUGCAUAAUUUUAUAAGCAGGACUACACAUGUCUACGCAUUUCAUUGUUUGUUUCGAUCAGAAAACUCUUAGUACUUUACACUGGAUGUCCGCCAGCAGUUUUGAAAAUUCUUCCCAGUAUAAAGUAGUUUCUUGGGCUGGGUUCCAGAGAGGUCUCUAUGUACAUGAGGGGUGGGCAUCGUUUGCUUCUGACAGCAGCCCUCGUGUCUCAUAGGGUGCUCUUCUUAGAGCUUAAACUUAGCAAGCUGCCAGUCUUCGGGGAGGCUUUUCAGGGGAAAUAGAAACUGACGGGGGAAAUAUGGCAAGACACGUUCCCCUCCUUUUCUGUUAGCAUGGCUUCAAAUGUUACAAAAAGAGAGAGGAGGGAACCUGAUAAAGCAACAGAAGAAACAGUUUGCUUCUCAUGGCUUUCUAAUGCAGGCACGAAUAUGCAUGCUUUUUUUAUUUCUGAUUCUGGAAAUAUAAAUUGGGCUAAUUGUAAACAUACCCUCAACAGUAAAAUUAGAUUCAUGUCCUCAGUUUAAAGCAGAGGUGGGGGAAUCUGUGGUUCUCCAGAUGUUGCUAAGCUGCAACUCUCUCUCUCUUUUUUUAUAUAAUUUUUUAUUAGUUUUUUUUAACAUAUCAUUUUCAACAGUAAUUAAAUAAACUUUUGCAUCUUAUUCAAAUUUUACAUUUCAAACUCAUAACCAAUAUCUCUAUCUUUUUCUACUUUGUAACACUUCGUAUAUUUCUCCUUACAAAACUUCUUGUAGUCCUAGCGUAAUUUGUUGAUUACAGUUGCUCUUCAAAUAAUUCAUAUACUUAUUACAAUUUUCUGUAAAUCUCUGGUCCCUCCAGUUUCAAAUCCUUCCUAUCAUUUUGUCCAAUUCUGCAUAGUCCAUUAAUUUCGUCUACCAUUCUUCUUUCGUCGGAAUUUCUUCUUGUUUCCAUUUCUGGGCUAACAAUACUGUGGCCGUGUAGGCUAAGCUGCAACUCUCAUCGUUCCUCACUGUGGCUGAUUGGAGUUGCGGAGUUCAAUAGCAUCUGUGUUCCCUAGCCCUAUAUUUAAAGAGAGAGAUCUUGAUAGCCAAUCCCUGGUAAGGAUCACUACCUUGUACCUUUAUUCCUAGUAUUGUGUAAACCCAAGGAACAGAAGCAAUAAUCCAUCAUAACAUAUAUUUUAAUAAGUGAUGGUAUAUUGGUUGUGCACUGUAUUUACUAUGCACUAAUGUAACAUAUGAACUUAAUGACACAUCUCUCAAGAACAUUUCACAAACUUGGAUUACGCUCAAGCUAGGUAUGAUCAUGCCAUAAGCAUGUGAUCCCCCCCC